AUGAACAGCCCCAGUUGCAGCAGCAGCAAAUCUAUACAUACGCAGCAGCAAGAUGGCAGCACCGGCAGCAGCUGCAGCACCUGCAGCAGCAGCACCUGCAGCAGCAGCACCUGUAGCAGCAACAGCAGCAAGGGAAGUGACACUGAAGACAGCAGCCCAGUCAGCACCAGCGAAGACGGCAGCAGCAGAAGCAACAGCAACAAGGACAGCAACAACAGCAGCAGCAGCAACAGCAGCAGCAAAAAGCCCACUCAAAGACAAGAGAUGCCUGCUGUUCGCGUCUUUUGCCGGGUAAAGCCUUUGCUUCCAGAGAGCAGCAGAAGCAGCAGCAGCAGCAGCAAAAGUAGCAGCAGCAACAGCAGCAGCAACGAAGAGACAGCUGUGCACGUUCUCGACAGCCGCCGCGUCUCUGUCCGGGUCCCCGAUGCUGCCCGUACAGACAGCAACAGCAGCAGCAGCAGCAGCAGCAGCAACAGCAGCAGCAGCAGCAGCAGCAACGCAGUGUUUGCUGUUGAGGAGGUGUUCAAUCCUCUCUCUUCUCAGCAGCACAUCUUUAACUCUGUUGCCUUGCCGCUGCUGCAGCGCUGCUGCAGCGGGGGUGAAGCCUGUGUUGUGGUGUAUGGACAGAGCUGCAGCGGGAAGACCUAUACGCUUCUAGGGCCCGAGCAGCAGCAGCAGCAACUGCAGCAGCAGCAGCAGCAGGACGGUGCUGCAGGGAUUGAUAACGAGUCCCUUCCUGUGACUGCUGAAGCAGGUCUGCUGCCGCGAGUGGGAGCCUUCCUGUUGCAGCUACAGCAGCAGCAGCAGCAGCAGCAGCAGCAGCAGCAGCAGCAGGAAUGCGUUGGGAAUAUAAUAGAGAGUAUUUCUCUGUCUCUUUUCGAAAUGUAUAAAGAGGUGCUAACCGAUCUGUUGACGGGCGAGGGCCCGCUGCAGCUGCGGCAGCAGCAGCAGCAGCAGCAGCAGCAGCAGCAGCAGCAAGGGGUGCAGGUGUUGGGGCUGAGCGAAAGGAGAAUUUGUAGUGUACGUACACUCCAGCGAGCCGUUGCAGAGGCAUUAAAGAGACGCCGCUGCAGCAGCACGCAGCUAAACAGCAGCAGCAGCAGAUCUCAUCUCUUCGCCUGCUUCUCUCUACAACUCAGGGCUAUUUCAACAGGAGAGGAGUUGCGGGGUGUAUUUCGCCUGGUGGAUUUGGCGGGGACAGAGCGCAGCAGCGUAGCGGGGACCGAAGGAAGUUUGCUGCAGGAAGCAGCAGCAAUCAAUCGGUCUCUCUUUUGCUUCUGUCAUUGCAUCGAUGCUUUAGUCUCCAAACAAAGAGCUGCUGCUGCUGCUGCUGCUGCUGCUGCUACUGCUGCUGCUGCUGCUGGGGAAACGGCAAAGGCAGAAGCAGAUCCUCCUGAUGCCUCUCCAGCUGCAGGAGGAUCUGCUGCUGCUGCAGCAGCAGCAGCAGCUGCUGCUGCUGCUGCUGCUACGGUGAACUUCCGCGGCAGCAAACUGACGCGGCUGCUGCAGCCAGCGCUGCUAGGGAGGGGGGGUGGUGCUGCUUUGCUUAUUUGUGUCUCCCCGCAGCAGCAGCAUGCAAGAGACACCUGCAAUUCCUUGUCUAUAGGUGCGAAGGCAAUGUACAUACAGCCGAAGAAAGAGCUGCAGCGCAAACCCAAGAAACAGCAGCAGCAGCAGCAGCAGCAGCAGAAGCAGCAACAGCAGCAGCGGCAGCACCAGGGUUUAAAGGCAGACAACGCAUGCAAUGACCCUCAAAGAACACUAACGGCAGGCGAGGAAGCAGCAGAACCCUCUGCAGCAGAAGCUGCUGCUGCAGCAGAAGCAGCAGCUGCAGCAGCAGGCGAAGCAGCAAGUAUCUUGCAGGCAGCAGCAGCGGUGCUGCAUGCGCACACAAAAAUCCCAAACAGAAAUGCAGCAGAGGUUAAGGAUGCAGCAACAGCAGCUGUAGCAGCAAAUGCUGCUUCUGCUGCAGCAGAGAAGCCCCGCUGGGGGCUGUAUGCUCUGUUAUUCAGAUGCAGCAGGAGACGGCUGCAGCAGCAGCAGCAGCAGCAGCUUCCGCUGCAUCUCGACAAGCAGCAGCAAGCAGCAAAUGUGCGCAUGCAAAGCCUCAGGAAAGCUGCUGGGCGAGCUCAGCAGCUGGGGGCAAUUCUGCUACAGCAGCAGCAGCAGCAGCAGCAGCAACAACAGCCGCAGCAAGUGCAGCAGCAGCUGCUGUUGCAGAGGCAGCAGAUGCUGCUACAGGAAACACGAGAAGCUAUUGCUAAAGAGCUGCUGCUGCUGCAACAACUGCAGCAGCAAAGCUGCAAGCCACCAUACUAG